CACCUACAAAGAAUAAAAGGAGAAACGUCUGUCAAAUAUUUGAUGAGAAAUUAAUAGAUCGUACGUGGCUUCAGAUCUACAAUUAUACUAUGCAGGCAUGUUUUGGGGUGUUAAUAAAGUUAUUGUAUUUUGGCAAUGGCUAGUUUUGCGAAGAUAUAUAAAUACUCCACGACUCGCAGAGUCGCCGUGCCUACUUCUCCGACGCAGCCACUCAGUACGAUUCCAGCACAGGCAAAUACGAACUCGACAUCGCAUCCACCGGCGGCGAAUGAAUUGCCCGAUUCAUCGAUCUCGUCCAGGCAGAUAGCCUCUCCGCCCUCGACAAUGUCACCUACGACACGAUGGUCGAAUUGAUGACCCUUGGCUGGCAGCGCUGCGAAGACGUCCUCCGAACCAUCUGGCCCGAUCUCACCAGAUUCCAGUCCACCGGUGGUAAAAUCCUCGCGUUCCACGGUGAAUCCGACCCCAGAAUCCCCACUGCCUCAUCGGUGCACUAUCACGAAUCCGUCCGUAACAUCAUGUACUCCAACAUGACAUACAACCAGAGCACCGCAGCAAUGGGCGACUGGUACCGUCUCUUCCUCCGCCCGGGUGCCGCGCACUGCGCUACAAAUGACCUCCAGCCCAACGGGCCAUUCCCGCAGACGAACAUCCAGGUCUUGAUUGAUUGGGUCGAGAAGGCGACUGUUCUUGCGACGCUGAAUGCUACACAUCUGGGGUGACUAUGAGGAUCAGAAUGCGCAGUUGUGUACUUGGCCGCUUCGUCCUUUGUGGGUUAACAAUGGCGAGCAUAUGAAGUGUGUGUAUGACCAGGCUUCGAUUGAUACUUGGAAGUUCACCUUUGAUGCGUAUGACAUGCCUUUGUACUAGAUAGUGGCGUUGGGGAUGCUGUGAUAGCUCAUGGCUG